AUGCCGCCUCCCAACGCCCCUCGAAUCGUCGUCAACGACCUCUCCUACACCUUCCCCGACUACUCCACUGGCGUCCGCAACAUCACCCUUGACCUCCCCCCUCGCUCCCGUACUCUCCUGAUCGGAGCCAACGGUGCCGGCAAGACGACCCUCCUCCGCCUCCUCGCGGGCAAGCGUUUGGCCCCGAGCAACACCAUCUCCAUCUGCGACGUCGACCCUUUUAAGGAGAGCCUCGAGGGCGUCACCUACCUUGGUCUCGAAUGGGUCCUCAACCCCAUCGUCCGCAAUGACAUCGGCGUCGUCGAGCUGCUGCGCUCCGUCGGCGGAGAUGCGUACCCCGACCGCAGGGACGAGCUCGUCGAGAUGCUCGACAUCGACACCAACUGGCGCAUGCAUGCCGUGUCGGAUGGCGAGCGCCGCCGGGUCCAGCUUGCCAUGGGUCUCGUGCGGCCCUGGACCGUGCUCUUCCUCGACGAAAUCACCGUCGACCUCGACGUCUUGAGCCGAGCCAGCUUUCUCGGCUGGCUGAAGCGCGAGACGGGGACGCGCGAGUGCACCAUCGUCUACGCGACGCACAUCCUCGACAACCUCGCCGGCUGGCCCACCCACCUCGUCCACAUGCACGUCGGCACCGUCAAGGAGUGGGAUGAGGCGGAAAACAUGCUGCAGUCGAUUGACGGCACCGUCGGCCAAACGGGCAACAGUCGCCUCGGCGAGCUCGUCCUGGGCUGGCUGAAGCAAGAUCUCAAGGAGAGGGGGCCGCGAAGCCAAGCCAACCUGGGCUCCGAGGGCAAGACGUAUGGGUUCGGCGGCAUCAAGAUUGGCGGCUACGGCGACGAGUCGAAGCAAAGGGAGGCCUAG